AUGUUCCCAACCAAGAUCCUUGAAAAACAUGUCAAGUUUGUAACAAGACAUUUGAAUCUCCUUCCCUCAACUCAUCAAAAUCAAGAUGUCAAUCGAAUGGCCAUCAUAUUCUAUGCCAUUGAAACACUUAGCUCCUUGGAUCCAUCAUCUAUCAUAACAUACAAGAAGAAGAACACUAUACAUUGGAUUCGCUCUCAUUAUUUGAAAAAUGAAAACAUAUCUGGAUUCAUAGGUUCAAAAACUAUGGCUAUCAAUGGUGUUACCACUAUUACUUUACCAAAUACUCUUUUCGCAUUGUUAACUCUUUUGAUUUUAGAUGAUAAAGAAUUCUUCACAAAUGUCUUAGAUUGUAAAAGUGUUUGUAGGUUUGUUUCGAAAUGUCAGGAUGCAAAAGAUGGUUCAUUUGUUUCAGUUUUGAGGUUGUAUAGUAAUAAUGAGCCUUCACCAGUGGAUAGUAAUGAUUUGAGAUUCUGUUAUAUUGCCGUAGCCAUAUUGUACCUUUGUGGGUGUAAAGAAAGAAAUCAAUUUAAUGAAUAUAUUGAUGUGGAAAAGAUGUUGCGAUAUAUUAAGGAGCAACAAUGUGAUAUGGGAGGAUAUGGAACAUAUGGAGAACCUCAUGCAGGAUACACAUCCUGUGCUUUAUCAGCUUUAUAUUUACUUGAUCGUAUUGAUGAGGAAGAAUUAUCUGAUGACUUCAAAGAAAAAUCAAUAACAUGGUUAUUACAUAGACAGAUCUUUAAUCAAGGGUCUAUGUCAUAUAUGAAUGAAAAUAAUCCAUCAUACGAUGAAUGUGAUCAUGGUGGUUUCCAAGGUCGAGAGAAUAAAUUCGGUGACACAUGUUAUGUGUUUUGGUGCUUAAAUUCAUUGAAAAUACUGGAGCCAAUCCAUUGGAAAGAUUUAUGUGAUACUUCAUUGGCAAAGAAAUAUCUUCUAGAAAGGACACAAAACACAAUUAUUGGCGGGUUUAGUAAAAAUGAUGAGGAUGAUCCGGAUUUAUAUCAUACAUGUUUAGGCAUUGCUGCAUUGAAAUUAAUUGAUGGCUCCUUUGAUGGAGUACUAUGCAUUCCUAGUAGCAUUUCUUCAGAGUUAACAUCAAUAAACAGACAGUAA